UUUUUUUUUGUAGGAAUAGAAGGAUGGUACCAAUCAGAAUAAAACCAGAUGAGGAGAAAACCUCACCAUGGAAGAGCCAACCCCAAUGCCUGUGCAAGUUGAUGUGGACAAAGGAUUGACUUUGGCCUGUUUUGUCUUCCUUUGCCUCUUUCUCAUUUUUAUGAUUAUUCGCUGUGCCAAAGUCAUAGUGGACCCAUAUAGUGCCAUCCCCACGUCUACCUGGGAAGAGCAGCAUCUGGAUGACUGAAAACACCUCACCUUCUUCAGGGAAGCUAGAUGAGAAUCUCUAUCCUGGAGCCUCAAGACCAAAGGUCUCUUCUUUCCAAAAAAGCCAUGGGAGAGUUUCAGCUCUUUGCCAAAGUAAUAGAUAUUUGAGCAAAGAAAAUAAUGCAAACAUUUGCAAGUAGCAGCUUUCAAGACGGCAAGUCACGAAUCAGAUGAAGUAUGGAAACAAGAAUGGUCACUUAAAAAUUAUUUUGUUUUUCAUGUACCUCCUGGCAAGUGGGUAGCCCAAAGGAGCAUUGAUGUGGACUGGUAAAAUCUUUGUACUUAUUUGCAAUCUGUAUUAAGAGAUUUUAGAGAUCUUU